AGUAUUCUUCCCACCCCUGGCCAGUGUUCCCCCGCACCCCGCGUUCCAGCCCCGAGUCCCUCUCCGCGCUCCCUAUCCCAGCCCUCGCCCCGCCCCGGCCCAGCCCGGUCAGGCCGCCAUGGAGCGCUGGUCUUGGCCGUCGGGCGGCGCCUGGCUGCUCGUGGCUGCCCGCGCACUGCUGCAGCUGCUGCGCUCAGACCUGCGUCUGGGUCGCCCGUUGCUGGCGGCGCUGGCGCUGCUGGCUGCGCUCGACUGGCUGUGCCAGCGCCUGCUGCCCCCGCCGGCCGCACUCGCCGUACUGGCUGCUGCUGGCUGGAUCGCGUUGUCCCGCCUGGCGCGUCCGCCUCGCCUACCGGUGGCCACUCGCGCGGUGCUCAUCACCGGCUGUGAUACUGGUUUUGGCAAGGAGACAGCCAAGAAACUGGAUGCUAUGGGCUUCAUGGUGCUGGCCACUGUGUUGGAGUUGAAUAGCCCCGGUGCCCUAGAGUUGCGUGCCUGCUGUUCCCCUCGUCUAAAGCUGUUGCAGAUGGAUCUGAUGAAGCCAGAGGACAUUAGCCGUGUGCUGGAGUUCACCAAGGCUCACACCGCCAGCACUGGCCUGUGGGGUCUGGUCAACAAUGCCGGCCUCAAUGACAUGGUGGCCGAUGUGGAACUGUGUCCUUUCACCGCAUUCCGCAACUGCAUGGAGGUGAACUUCUUUGGCACACUUGAGCUGACCAAAGGCCUCCUGCCACUCCUGCGCCGCUCAAGGGGUCGCAUUGUGACGUUGGGCAGCCCAGCAGGAGACAUGCCAUAUCCAUGCUUGGCAGCCUAUGGAACCUCCAAGGCAGCUAUGGCAUUGCUUAUGGACACAUUCAGCUGUGAACUGCUUCCCUGGGGGGUCAAGGUCAGCGUCAUUCAGCCUGGCUGCUUCAAGACAGAGUCAGUGACAAAUGUGAAGCACUGGGAGCAGUGCAAGCAACUGCUGUUGGCCAACCUGCCAGAAGAGCUUCUGCAGGCCUAUGGUGAAGACUACAUUGAGCACUUGUAUGGGCAGUUCCUACAUUCACUCCACCUGGCACUGCCCGAUCUCAGCCCAGUUGUAGAUGCCAUCACUGAUGCACUGCUGGCAGCUCGGCCCCGUCGCCGCUAUUACCCGGGCCGUGGCCUGGGGCUCAUGUACUUCAUCCACUACUACCUGCCAGAGAGCCUGCGGCGCCGCUUCCUGCAGAUCUACUUCAUCAGUCACUGUCUGCCCCGAGCACUGCGGCCUGGCCAGCCUGGCUCUAUCCCUGCACAGGACACACUCCAGGAUCCAAACUCAAAUCUGGAACCUUCCCCAGUGGCUGCUCGGUGAGCCAUGUGCAGAUAGGCAUAUCUGCUCCAGCACGAGAGGCUCCAUGAGCCCUUGGCCCUCUCCUGGCCAUUAUGAAUCCCCAAGUCUGCCCUAGAGCCUCAGGUUUCCCAGUGAGCCUCUGGGCCUCUCCACUGCUUCAUGAGCCCACAGAGACCCUCUUGGGCACAAUGUUCUA